CAUUGAUGUUCGGCUUUCACUGGUGCAACCAUAUAUUUUGAGCAGUGAUUAUAUGUGCACGAGUCAGUAUCGAGGUAAACCAGUCGCUCUAUUCGACACGCAACAAGCAAGAGCUACCAUGCAAUCAGUAGAUACACGAGCAUCCCGAUAAGCGAUAAGCGAUAAGCAAUGGCAAUCAACGACGUCGCUCAACUCAAUGGCACAGGCACGGGGCAUUCAGACCCCAAGCCUGUGGAAGACACCCUGCCCCCAGCGUUGCUCCAUCGCUCAUUACACCAGCAACCUUACAAGGUGACUUCAGCCAAGAGGCUCUAUCUUACCCUGUCAAAUGGCCGAGUGAUCAUGGACGCCUGCGGCGGUGCAGCCGUUGCAUCUAUCGGCCACGGCAACAAAGAAGUUCUCCAGGCCAUCCAGCAACAGAUGAGCACGGGAGUAAGCUACAUACACUCGCUGACCUACACCUCCGACGCGGCAGAGGACCUGGCGCACCAUCUGAUCGACGGCCCCCAAGGAGCUGGCCGCUUCGGUCUGGAACGUGCAUACUUUGUCAAUUCUGGCAGCGAGGCCAUGGACGCUGCAUUGAAACUCGCUCGUCAAUACUGGUUCGAGCAAGGUCAAGUGGACCGGACGCAAUUGGUUGCAAGGAAGCAGAGCUACCACGGUACCACUAUCGGUGCGAUGAACGUGAGUAGUAACCUCCCACGGAAGGUACCGUAUGCAUGCUACCAAUUGGGCAAUGUGAGCUGGGUAAGCCCGGCAUAUGCGUAUCAGUACUCGAUGUGGCAAGAAGGCGAGACAGAGGAACGAUUCGCCGAAAGAUUGGUUGAGGAACUGGACCGGCACUUUCAAGACCUCGGUCCAAAGAAUGUGAUUGCAUUCAUUGCGGAGCCUUUAGUGGGAGCGACGAGCGGAUGUACGCCUGCACCAAAGGGGUACUUCAAGGGCGUUAGGAGGGUCUGCGACAAAUACUCGAUCCUGCUUAUCCUCGACGAAAUCAUGUCCGGCAUGGGCCGAACGGGGACUCAGUUCGCAUUCGAGCAGGAAGACGUCGUACCUGACAUGGUGACCAUUGGGAAAGGCCUAGGCGGUGGCUAUAGCCCUGUAGCAGGCGUGCUGGUGCACAAGAAAGUGCUGGAUGUCCUGAGGAAGGGCACAAGCAGUUUCAACCAUGGGCACACAUAUCAGGCGCACCCCGUAGCAUGCGCGGGCACGCUCGCUGUACAGAAGAUCAUCAGACGGGAUGGACUGAUUGAAAAUUGUGCGAGACUAGGGAAGUUUGUGUAUCCCCUGCUUGUCGAGACGUUCGGGCAGGCGAAAUAUGUUGGCAAUAUCAGAGGUCGAGGGCUUUUCUGGGGAAUCGAGUUCGUCCAGGACAAGGCCAUGAGAACGCCAUUUCCAUCUGCGGUCAGGUUUGGUCCUCGAAUGCAGGAAGCGACAUUUGAGCUCGGAGUCGCCAUAUACCCAGGCUCUGCGACAGUAGAUGGAACCAAAGGCGACCAUGUCAUUCUAUCACCACCGUACAAUGUGACAGAGGAUGAAUUGCGCCAAGUUGUGGCUGUGAUGAAGCAAGCAUACGACCGGUUGGAGAAGGAGGUCGACGAAGCUGCUAACGGUAUCCGGAAGUAACAAGGAAAAGCCACAAGACAUAUAGACACAAAGACUACUAUGCCUGAUCAUUACAUAUUAGUCUUCUGCGUUCGGUUGGAACCAGGUGUGGGUGAUAGAGAGCCUCAGCAGCCGCUGCCGGACUCCUCAAUCAUGUUUUCGCGCCGCAGACAAACAUUGUCUCAUUCCCCAAGAGUCCG